AUGAUUGCACAAUUAUUGCUUUCAUUGAUCGCAAACUUCGCGAUCCUCGUGUUUGUCGUUAAUUGUGGAGGAAAGAAGAAAGGAGCAGCGGCACCAGGAGCAGCAGCAGGAGCAGCAGGAGGUGGGGCGGGCGGUGCUGGAGGACCGGCCACGACGAAUUCCAAUGAUUCAAAGAAGCAAACGCCGUCGAAAAUGGAUAAGCCAGCUGAUAAGAAAGAUGAAGAUGAUGGCAACUACGAAGAGCUGGCUGUACCGCAAUAA